GUCACCACAGAAUUGAAAACCGUUUGAUCAGAAGAAGAAAGAAAAAUGGAAGAACAAUCGUCUACACCUGGUGAAGGUAGCAGCAGUAACACUACCACUAAAAAGCAACGCAACUACCUCGGCAGCGGCAAACCACGGCGGGGCCGUCCUCGGUCAAUCCGGCCACCACGUAGGCUUCCCGCCGGCCAGCCUGAAGUUCAAUCGCCUCCUUGUACGGACUACGAUAGGGCUUACUUCAAGUAUUAUUCUCAUGUCGGUGUUCAUGAAGAGAUGCUAAAGGAUCAAGUGAGGACAGAAACUUACAGAAAUGCUAUUUUACAACAUCAGAGUCAUAUUAAAGGCAAAGUUGUUCUAGAUGUUGGCUGUGGCACAGGAAUCCUCUCAAUAUUUUGUGCUCAAGCCGGAGCAAAACGAGUUUAUGCAGUGGAUGCCAGUGAGAUAGCUAUGCAGGCGGAAAGAGUUGUCAAGGCAAAUAACCUCUCGGACAGAAUUGUUGUUUUAAACGGACGUGUUGAGGAUGUUCAGAUUAAUGGAAUGGUUGAUGUUAUAGUUUCUGAGUGGAUGGGUUAUAUGCUUCUAUAUGAGAGCAUGCUUGGGAGUGUUAUUUUUGCCAGGGAUCGCUGGUUAAAACCAGGCGGUCUUAUUCUUCCUUCACAUGCAGUGUUAUACAUGGCCCCUGUUACACAUCCUGACAGAUAUGCAGAAAGUAUUGAUUUCUGGCGGAAUGUCUACGGGGUUGACAUGUCUCCAUUAUUGCCAUUAGCAAAACAGUGUGCCUUUGAAGAGCCAUGUGUGGAGACAAUCAACGGAGAGAAUGUUCUUACGUGGCCACAUGAGGUAAAGAAUGUGGAUUGCUAUACAAUCACAAUCAAAGAACUAGAAUCAGUCACAACAAGAUUUAAACUACAAUCUAUGAUGAAAGCUCCCUUGCAUGGGUUUGCAUUUUGGUUUGAUGUUGAGUUUAACGGACCUGAUAAAACAAACCCUUCUAGUGGUCAUCCGAGGAAACGAGCCCGUCCAGAUGAUGCACUUGUUCUUUCCACUGCACCCGGGGAUCCUUAUACACACUGGCAACAGACGUUGGUGUACUUCGAUGAUCCAGUAGAGGUCGAGAAGGAUCAGGUUAUUGAUGGUUCUGCUACAUUAACUCAAUGUAAAGAGAACAAUCGGUUUAUGGACAUUCAUCUUGAAUAUGCCUCAGGUGGUCAUAUCUACGUAAAGAAAUCCGUGUUGCGUUGACCAUGUGUGAAUUGAUAUGUUUGUUUGACUUUUCACUGUGCAAGAAUAGUUUGUGUUUGUAGUAGAGAUAUUAGAUAUAUAGAGAGUGUAAGAUUUUGUAAGGCUUAGUCAGUGGAUUAAAGAUUUUGGUGUUUUUAAAACACCUGUCUUGUUGGGAUGUUGAAUGUCAUGUUCUACUAUUCAUUCUGUUUUUUAGGAUAA